AUGGACUCUUACAGUCCUUUACUCCAGAAAACACGGGUACCACAACCCUCGCUUCAAAAAUUCGCGGUUAUUUCUAUCUUCUCGAAGCUACGAUCCGCGUCGAGUUACCUCGACCCGGAUUCCGAAACCGGUAGGGAAGCUAUCUCUCAAUGCCUCCGCUCCGGCUCUCCAGCCGUCGUCGACCAGUCUGUUCGCGAGUUCUGUCGCCUCGUAUUAGACUCCAGAUUAGACCUCUCGCGCGCUUUGUUGGAGCUCCAGUCCGCACUCGAAGGGUCGGACGCAAAAUUUGUAGGUUUGUUUGUUAAAGCUCUUGGAUUUCUCGUUCGCGUCGGGUUCGAAAGGAAUCAUGGGUCGUCGCGGUUUGCUUCUAUUGAGAAUCACCCCUUUGUUAAGGUUUUAUCAUCGAGAACUGAGGUUCAGUCUGAAUUGGUUCAGCAAGUUUUACUAUUUUUGGGACACAAUAGAAGAUUGGGAACGGUGGAAAUUUGUGAAUUCUUGAGACCCUUUUUGAAUUUCUCAAUUCUACGUAUGCCCUUUUCGAAUUCUUCGUCGUCUUUGUUUGCAAGGCAGUUGAUAUCAUCAAUGGCCUCAUUUUGUUGUUCGUUCCCUGAUGAGGCGAUUCCGGUUUUGAAGCUACUGAUAGGUUGCCUUAAACACGUGCCACAUAAUAACUCGGAUGUCAGUGUGUUUGCUUAG